AUCGGCUUCUUCUGUUUUUCGCCUACGUCUACAUAUCUAAAUAUGAUUCUGGCUAUUUUGUAACUUUUUGAUUUGUUGGUUACUCUAAUUCAUCAUGAUUUGCUGCUUAUUCUAAUUUAAAUUUAUAAUUGAUGCUUACUUUGCAUUGAAUUAGCUAUAGCAUUUGUAAUUCUGUGUUGAGUUUGUUAUUCUUUUAGGCAUGGAUGCGGCAAAUGAUGUGAAACAGACCUCUAUAGAGCAGAGAGAAGCUCUGCCAGAUGAACCCAAAUGUGUAGUAUGUGGUAAAUAUGGUGAGUAUAUAUGCAACGAGACUGAUGAUGAUAUUUGUAGUUUCGAAUGUAAACAAGCUAUUUUAGACAACAUUCAUAAACCCCACAAGGUUUCUCUUUGUCUUCCGCCUCCUCCUAUAAGAUUAGCUGCAACUGAUGAGUGCUUUUAUAUUCGCGAGGGCCAUGAUCACACUGAAUUACUUAGAACGAAACUUGAAAUCCAUGUUAAGGGUGAAUUAGUUCCUGAUCCUAUUCUGUCCUUUUCGUCUUGUAAUCUUCCUCACAAGCUUCUUCAGAACUUGGAAGCUGCAGGAUAUGUGACGCCUACUCCUGUCCAGAUGCAAGCAAUUCCAGCUGCUUUGAGUGGCAAAAGUUUGCUUGCUUCGGCAGAUACAGGCUCGGGGAAAACUGCUUCUUAUUUAGUACCCAUCAUUUCGCGUUGUGCAAGUUUUCGCCUUCAGCGCUCUCCUGAGGAUAAGCCGCUAGCAAUUGUAUUGACUCCUACUAGAGAACUCUGUAUACAAGUUGAGGAUCAAGCUAAAAUGAUUGGUAAGGGCUUGCCUUUCAAGACUGCGCUUGUGGUUGGUGGGGAUGCUAUGGCUGGACAAUUAUAUCGGAUUCAGAAAGGAGUUGAGUUGAUUGUAGCGACCCCAGGUAGGCUCAUUGAUCUUUUAGCAAAGCAUGAUAUUGAAUUAGAUGAUGUUAUGAUGUUUGUGCUAGAUGAGGUGGAUUGCAUGCUUCAAAGGGGCUUCCAUGAUCAGGUUAUGCAGAUAUUUAGAGCUCUUUCUCAACCUCAGGUUUUGUUGUAUUCUGCAACAGUCACGCCAGAGGUAGAGAAGAUGGCAAUCUCUAUGGCAAAAGAUAUGGCUUUUGUCUCCAUUGGCCAGCCUAAUAAACCAAGUAAGGCGGUGAAACAGCUGGCCAUCUGGGUCGAGUCGAAACACAAGAAGCAAAAGCUUUUUGACAUAUUGAUGAGCAAGCAGCACUUUAUGCCACCAGUGGUUGUAUAUGUGAGUUCAAGACUCGGUGCAGAUCUAUUGUCUAAUGCGAUCACAUUCACUACGGGGUUGAAAUCUCUAUCAAUUCAUGGGGAGAAAUCCAUGAAAGAGAGAAGAGAGGCCAUGAAGUCUUUUUUGUUGGGGGAGGUUCCUGUGAUUGUGGCCACUGGGGUUUUGGGUCGGGGCGUUGAUCUGUUGGGUGUGAGACAGGUAAUUGUAUUCGAUAUGCCUAAUUCCGUUAAAGAGUACAUCCAUCAAAUCGGAAGAGCAUCUCGAAUGGGAGAGGAAGGUACAUCAAUUGUGUUCCUUAAUGAGGAGAACAAAAACUUAUUUCCAGAAAUGUUUGAAGUUUUAAAAUCGUCCGGAGCUGUGAUACCUCGUCAGCUUGCAAAUUUACGCUUUUCUGUUGGCAAAGGCCAGAAAAAGCGAAAACAGGGUUCCUAAUAUGAGCAGCUUUGUCUGUUUCUUGGCUUAAUUUGACAGCUGAAGAGAUGCAAAAUCAAUUCUAUUGUUAUGUUGCUGAAUUCUUCAACUGCCGGGUUGAUGUAGCAGGGCAACUUGCUAUACUGCUGGAUGUUUUAUCAUUCUGCAGGAAGCCUUUAUCACCGGUUUUCAUGCAACAUAGAUUGCUGGCUGCAUAGGGAACAUAUUUUCUGGGAGGAUUAGUAGCCUGGGCAGAUAGCAUGCAGCUAUACUGAAUGAAGGGGACAUGUUUCGAAAUUGUUUUGUAUGCUUCUCCCUGCUGCGAGAAUCCGGAGCUCAUGGAGAAGACCUUUCUCGUGAUAGCACUCCACAAAUAUUGUUGAAGCUUAGGAGGGUACAUGCUCUUGAGGGGGAGACAUCUUAACCCAAUCCCGAGUUAAGCAGACAUUUGAUUUUGAAUUCUGAUGCAAGAGCGAAGAUUCUGAGGAUGGCAGCGAAUGUAAUUGAAAUAGAAUGAUUCAUAUGCAAAAGUUGGAAGUUGAUAUGGUCCGAUUCAUGGUUGUGUUAUGUUGUGAUCACGCUAUAGAAAGAAGCAUUACUUUAAAAACCGAACUGGUCCAACCAUUUUUUGUAGAAUUAUUAUGGGUUUAAACAUUAGUCAGAUCGACUAGCAUUUAUCAAAAACUAAUGAAAGUUUGGUUUAGCUAA